AGGCGCCCAUUGUUCACCGGCCCCGGACGCCCUCCGAGCAACAUGGUCCCAUCCCCUUUCACCACAGACUGGGCCAACGUUUGCUUUGUCGUCUCUUUGUCUUGACCGUCCAUCCCGACAAAGCUGUUCAUCUUUUUGUUCGGCCACAUAAGAAACAUAUAUAGAGUGUUCCUCAGAAUCCCGCUAUGGCAACUCCAGCAACUCCUUGGUUGUCAAUGUCAGGCCGCCAUACUGUCUCCGUCGGCACCUCCCUCUCUCGAGCCUUGAGGGCUCGUAAAGGAGGGGCGAGUACUAAGUCCUCUAAGCUUCCGGAGAAAGAUUUCUUCUCAUUUAGAUAUAACUUCAAGCCGCCAUCGGUCGAUUCAACAAGGCCUGGCGUGGUUGAAGUACAGAAGGGAACAGAUGUCACCAAAGUUACCGUUGAGAGAGCCAGUACACAUUCCAGCGAUGGAGGCCAUAUCUUUCUUGGAAAAGAGGAGCCUGCCAAAGAUGUUGAAUGUAUAUUAAUUUGGAAUGAAGAGGAUGAUACCUUUACUCUGGAGAAACUUGAUUCUACCGUAACAUUGAUCUAUGAUCGCAAGACGACUCAUGGCCGUCGUCUAUCGCCUCCUGGAUCUUCCUCUCGCCCAUCAACGACAGUGUCUACACCGCCAUACCAAACUUCCGCUAGCCGGCCAGCGAAAGCUCCUGCCCCGUCCGACGAUCUCGAAGCAGAACUUAACAUGCUCUUAGAGGAAGAUGCGGAUGGCGAACCAGAGGAUGAGACUACGUCAUUCCUGGUGUCCUCCGCUAACGCAGGCACUACAAAGGGUAAAGCACCAGCCAGAAAUCUGAAUAAACCGUCUACGAAAGCUUCCAAACCGUCACGUAAUACUGCUCGAAAUGUUUCACAAAUGGAACAGGAAGAAGAGGACAGCGAGGUUGACAGGCCCCUUGCUCAAUCGGUUUCGCGUCGUGUUCCGUCGACGACUAAGGCUGCGCCAACGAAACCACAACCAGUCAAGGCCCCUUCGCCGGUCAAACCUCCGUCGAGAGUCAUUUCACCGCCUCAUCCUUCUCUUCCUCCUAAGCCUCAGGUUUCACCUGUUGUCAGCAAACAAACUCCCGCUAAGAUCAACAGUACAUCAGUGAGUAGUCGCAAGCGUGACCGUCCUGCCACACAGGACGACGAAAGCAUGCCCAAGCCGUCACCUCCCAAACGUACGAAAUUACCCCCGCCUAAGUCAUCGACGACCAAAAAGCCACCACCUAAGGAAGAAGAAGCGUUUGUGUUGGAACUCCCCGGCACUUCAUCCAUGCCGGGACUCCCACCUAUAUUAUCACAACCAGCUGUACCUGUUUCGGAACCACCUGUUGAAGCACAGGAUGAUUCCGAAGAAGAAGAGUGGGACGACGUGAUUGCACCCAUAACAAAUGCAGGACCAUCGGUUCCUGUGGUUGCGCCUCCUCCACGUAACAUCCAGAUGGAGGAGAUCGUCCCAACCGCAUCUCGAACGGAAGAUCCAUACUCGCAAGUCGUUACGCUUUCAGAGGACGAGGAUGUUGGCAUGGACGACUUCGAGAAAUCGCUCCAUGAGGAACUCGAUAACCUCGACAAUAUUGAGGAGGAGGAUUUCCUCACUGCUGCUAUGACAGCCUCUGCGCCAGAAUCGCAGGGUGGUCGUCCGAUGAGUCUGAAUGAGCUGGCGGCUGCAGGAGCCGGAGGGGAAGCUGACAAUAUAUGGGGGGACGAUGACGAUUAUUCCAGCAGCGACGAUAGCGACGAUGAUUAGCUAGACUUGCGAUUAUCUGUUUCUUCUCUUCUUUCAUACUUUGUCAUUAUUGUAGUGCAUUUCAUACUUCUCUUACAGGACUUACAGGACUUCGGCGAUACCAUAAUAUCUCACUUAUACACUAGACUGUUUUUCAUACCCAACUCGUUUGCCCUGAUGUAUUGCGGAAAAAUGUACACUGUACAAGUAUGUAUGUAAUGUAGGAACCAAAAAGAAUACAUCGACCUAGGCGAGUCCGAG